AUGAUGAUGCUGCUGCUGCUGAAAGGAGAGUAAUGACGGUGUAACCCCAGCUCUUGGGCUGGAAAGCGGCCGAUCAAUCAUCAUUGGCACUUUGGUGGGCUCCUGAUCCUGCCGCUUCCCGGCGACUAGCUUCCUGCAUCAUGCUUCCCAAGACACCUUCAUACGUUGAGAAGUGAUGAACCUACUCUUACCUUUGGGCGAUCGAAAUCAUCCUUGAAGCCAAGUGCAGUGUCCAUGGCCAGGAGGAGCCGGUACGCCCCGGAUGGGCCAACGGGGCCGUGGCCACAACACCACUUUAUUUAUCGUAAGGAAGGGUCAUGAUUUGAUUCUCGUUGACGGGGCGCGGCCCAAAUUUUCUUUCUCUCUUCCUCUCCAUAUUCAGCCGGGGACGCUCAUUCAGUCAGCCUGCCAGAAUUCACGGGACAGCUCCACUGAGGCUUCCGUGCAAUCAGACGGCAGCUCCACCGUUAGUGGGACUUGGCGAUUGGGUGGUAUGGGAGGUGAAAUCAAAGAAAGUGGUGCUUCGACGAUUCUAGCCUCCCGGAGAGCAACUAAAGCAAACUGGCCAGAUAAGUCAAGUUACUUUCUUUUCCCAGCCACACUGUUACAGCACGAUUCUUCUGGCCCAUGCCCGCCAGAAAAUGGGGUUUCCGCUGUUCUUUUCCUGUUCGAGAAAAGCAUAAGAAUGUCCUCGUGCACCCACUCCCAUGUGAAGUUUGAAUCGGACGGCACAGAAGGGCCUCCCGUUAUGGUUGUCUCGGAAUAUAUGUUUAAAAGGGGGACCGGCCGAUGCUGUGUCCGCAGCAGCAGCACCACCACCAGCACCAACAAUGGGAAGGUUUACCACUUCCUCGACGUGCAGGAGCUAAAGAAUACUAAGAUUACUGAGUGGAUAGCUGUGGAAAAGGUCGUCGUAAUCCAAGCUCUCCCUCUUUCGGACAAGUUCGCAAACGCUGAGUUGCUGCGCCGCCCAGUCGCAAAUCUCACCCUCCAGGAGGCCAUGUGUGUGGCAUGCUCACCACCUUAGCUGCCUUUAGCGUCGGGUUGGUGGAGUCCUUGGGCUGAACGCAAGCAACGGUGUCAGACCUCCUCCUCCCCUGUCAUUGGCAUUGCUCGUUGUGAUCGAUGCAGGGUGCUAAAGUCCGCGUUCGCACUAUGUGGUAGUUCCGUGACCCCCCGGUCGCUCUCCUGGUCUCCGCCUUCUCGCUCUUCAUUUCGUGCUUCUUUCCUGUCUCACUUUACUGCUAUGUCGGCUUGCCUUUUCUGAUUCUAGUCUUCAUUUCCAACCAUAUGCCCCUCUUUUGCUACUCUCCUGAUGACAGGAGUUGUUUCUUCU